CCGAACAGUUAUCAAGAUGGCCGCUUUGAAGGAUUUUUUGAAAGCUGAUGAUAUUCAGAAGGCCCUUGUUGCAGUCAAAGCGGAGGGUUCCUUCGACCAUAAGAAGUUCUUUGCUCUGGUGGGCCUGAAGGCCAUGACUCCUGACAAUGUCAAGAAGGUGUUCCAGGCUAUUGAUGCUGACCAGAGUGGAUUCAUUGAGGAGGAGGAGCUCAAGUUUGUGCUGAAGAGUUUCGCUGAGGACGGCAGAGACCUGACCGACGCCGAGACCAAAGCCUUCCUUAACGCCGCCGACAAGGACGGAGAUGGAAAGAUCGGCAUCGACGAGUUUGAAGUCUUGGUCCAUGAGGUGUAAAGAGCACCUAUAGCCUCCCCCUUGCUCCUCCCCUGCGAAUUCAUGUUUUUAAUGCAAUCUCCCCCCGCCCCCCUCACCUUCCCCGAUCCCAACCUUAACCAUUAGUCGGGGAAAAAUGACAACUGACCCAAGAUCAGCGUCAAGGCUACUUCACCCUACUCCGCACCACGCAGGCCCAGUCUCUCUAACCAGAAACAGUACCAGAGACGUCCACCAGGGGGAGGUAGAGAGGUGACUCCCCAACAAGCACUACUGUAUUUAUUUGUCUGUUUUUCUACCGCACCAACAUACUGUAUAUAUGUCCUGUUUUGAUUUGAAAACCUCAUGACUGUCUCAUUUUAAAAGAAAACCCUUCCUGUAGAUAUAAUGUACCAGACACCUUCCCUUUCUUCUCUAGCCAUCUAUGGACCCUAUGUCACCUUACCCUUACCCAAAUGGCCCCCUAUUCCCUUAAUAGUGCACUACUUCUAAAGGGUGAUAGAGGGUUAAUAGAGUGCCAUUUUUGGGGGACUGAACCAAAACAACCUGUGUCUCUCAUUCUUUAUUUUUUCCACCUCACACAUACUUGUACCCUCCUUCCUUUCCUCCCUCCCUCAUUUCCUCUUCCUCUCUCAUCUGGUGAUGAGAUGUAUAAAUAAAGAGGUAGAGUGGUGAAGAGAGAGAAAGUAUUCAAAAUAAGAAAUACUAAGAAAUAAAAGACCUUGAGUAAAA